AUGGCGCUGCCCCCUAUCGCAAAGGCCACUUUACAGGCCGCACUGAUCAGCGCCAGUUCGAAUGUGCUAGCGCAGGGUAUCACUUCGUAUCGAGAGGGCGUGCGUACUACUCCUUGUCCCCGAUUUCUUAAGGUCUUCUCUUUGCAAAAGAUGCAGAAUAUCACACCCUUUGAGCUCGACUCCCAGGUACUCUUCCAAUUUACCACUAGCGCCCUCAUUCUAUCACCGCUGGCAUUUCUCUGGCUUGAGGGCCUUGAGCAAAGAUUUCCCGGAACCCAGCAGACGCAACCACCCAAAGGGAAAGAGAAAACAGAAGAGAAAGGGAAGAGUAAGGACAAGCCCGAGCCAAAACCCAAUGUUAAGAACAUCGUGGCGAAAAUAGUCGUAGAUCAGCUUAUUGGUGGCGCUUGGAAUACUGUUGCUUUUAUUGUGACAAUGGGUAUCUUGCGCGGACAAAAUUAUGAAGUCAUCAAGGAAGAGAUAAUGAAUAAUUUCUGGCCUUAUAUGCUCGCAGGGCUCAAGUUCUGGCCGCUCGUCUCGAUUCUGAACUUCACCGUUGUCCCCGCGAGCCAGCGCCUCCUAGUUGGGAAUUUAUUCGGUGUCGUAUGGGGCGUUUAUGUCAGUCUCAUGGCUGCGUGAGCAUGAGCAUGGGCAUGAGCCAGCGCCUGUCCCGCG